AUGGGUUGCUCCAUCAUCAAUCCAUAUUUAGAUUAUGCUAUAGGUACAGUUCAUGAUCUUACUAUGGCACGGGAGUCAGGUGUAAUGAAUCCUGAUACAUUCAAGCUUGCUGAAGGAGAACGUAUUUUGGCAGAUCUUGGAUAUGUGGGUGAACCUGAAGUGUUUAUGACUCCACAGAAAGGAGAUUCAGCAGAUUUAUCUAUUUUAGAAAAUGCAUUAAAUAGUCUCAAGCACAGAUUCAGAACAAUUAUUGAGAAUCUGUAUGGUAGACAAACAUCCUCUUUGGCCAUCCUCAGAACUGCCUACAGAGGAGAUAUUGACGAUUUUGGUGAGAUCUUGCAAAUUAUUUAUUGGGUUACCGCUUUUUUGUUACAAGAAAAUCCUCUCAGAAAAAAAAGAAAAAUUUAA